AUGUCAAAUCAUCAAAUCCAGAGAUGUAUAAGGGACAUUUUGGGGAUAAAUCAAGAAGAAAAAUUAGAUUGGUCCCAAAGUCAUUUUAAAAAGCUACUAAGUGCCACUUCGACACUGCAUACUGCAUCUUUGAAUAAGGUAAUGCUGAAACAAGAUGAAGAGACUGCUAGAUUACAUUUAUGUGCAUAUAUUGCCUCUGAAAGAUUAGCCGACAAGCAUAUGCCGGAGUUAUCUUAUUAUAUGGAUAGAGUUCCUUUAGAACCACGAAAAGCACGUAAAUUAAUGGAGUUGAUUAAACAGAAUGUCUUCCAAUUGUCUCCAGUAAAAAAUAUCCAAUGGACGCCAAGUCCGAAGAAGAGGAAUGGUACUUCUCCUUUGAAGAAUGGUGAUAGAUUUACAGCCCAAGAUCCGCAAAUACUAAGAAAACAGCUUUUCGAUACACCGACUAAAGGUAAUAGUCCAGUGGGGGACCCAGUGAAAAAUGCGCAGGUAGUGAACCCACCAUCUGCCACUGCGAGUCCGUCUAAGGCUAGAAGGAAAUUAGCCUUUGAAGAAGAAGAUGAGAUGGAGAAUCCAGUUCCAGCUAGUAAUCAAUCACUCGAUACUCUGGCACAACUUUCACUGGUUGCUAAUGAAAGACUUAAUAACGAGGAAGAAGAGGAAGAAUUGAAAAAGAAACCAAGAAGUAAUAAACGAUCCCAGCAACAGCAGGAACAGGAGCAGGAGCAGCCAGCUCCGAAAAGGAGGAAGGAAACAGGUAGGUCACGUAGUGAAAUGUGUUUAUUGCAGAAGAGAUAUUAUAAAGUGACACCAGCCGAAAUCAUCAAUUUGUGCAAUCAAUUUGAAAUACCAAAAGAUGUCGCCUACAGCAUUUUAGAUCAAUUUAUGAGUUACGCAUCAUACUUAGUAUGUCCCUGGAAAUUAGCAUGCGGAUUGGUACUAAAUGCGACAUUUGUCGUUUUCACAGAAAGAAGAAGGAAGGAUCCAAGAGUUGAUCAUUUAAUCCUCGAGAAGAUGUGUGGAAUAACAAAGGCACCCCAAUUGGAAGAUAUUACAGAAUGUAUAAACUUGGUUAAAGAACUCAUUGAAGGUGAAAAAUGGUACCGUGAUCUACAGAUAAAACAUAAUUACUAUAAUGGUGCAUGCUUUGACGAAGCCAUUUCGACAAAAUUGGGAUCUAUGCUUCAACCAAAUAACAUCUUAGUGUCUAAUGAACAAUUCACGAGCUGGAAAAGGAAAAUUGAACAGGAUCUCUCACUAAAAGAUAUGCAUUGA